AUGAAGUCACCGAUCCCCGAUUACCUCAAUCGCGUCCUCGAGAAAGCGCGCCCCAACGACACCGGGGCGCCGGCCGCUUACAUUGACGUGUUAGCCAAGGCGGACACGUCAAAGAUGGCCGUGGCGCUGGCCAUGGUGGACGGCAACCUCUACUCGGCGGGCGACGACCGGGUCGAGUUCUCCAUCCAGUCCAUCUCAAAGGCCUUUGUCUACGCCCUGGCCAUUGAGGACGCGGGCAUGCGCCAGGUCUUGGACAAGAUUGGCGUCGAGCCCUCGGGCGACGCCUUCAACCGCCUCUCCCUCGAGCGCGGCAGCAACAGGCCCAUGAACCCCAUGAUCAACGCCGGCGCCAUCACCGCGCACUCCCUCGUCGUGUCCCCCUCCGCCACCGUGGAACAGCGGACAGACCGCAUCCUGACUGCCCUCUCCCGGCUCGCGGGCCGGCCGCUGCGCGUCGACGAGAAGGUCUACGAGGCGGAGCUCAAGGACGCAGACCGCAACAUGGGCAUCGGGUACAUGCUCAAGGCCGCCGGCAUCAUCACGUGCGACCCGCGCGAGGCGGUUCGGGGCUACAUCCGCCAGUGCGCCAUCAACGUAAACGUCCGCGACCUCGCCAUGAUGGCGGCCACGCUCUCCAACGGCGGCGUCCACCCCGUCACGGGCGAGACCAUCAUCCCGCAGAACAGCGUCCGCCAGGUCCUCUCCGUCAUGACCACGUGCGGCAUGUACGACGCCGCCGGCGACUGGGUAUCCAACGUCGGUAUCCCUGCCAAGAGCGGCGUUGCAGGCGGCAUCAUCGGCGCCUUACCGGGCCAGGUCGGCCUCGCGUCCUUCUCCCCGAAACUCGACGAGCGCGGCAAUAGCGUCCGCGGGGUGGCGAUAUGCGAGCAGCUCUCGCGCGACAUGGGCCUGCACAUGAUGGACGUGAGCCAGAUUGCGAGCGCUACGGUGCGUACCUCGGUAGCGACUAUUGUGGCCGGCGAGCGGGAACCGCAUAACCCAAACUGCCAGCGCGAGGUCGUCAUCUUUAGCCUCCGCGGCGCCGUGCGAUUCGCAGGCUCGGAGAGGCUGACGAGGGCCCUCGCGCGCGAGCUAGGGUCGCCGGAUCCGGAGGACCCCGGUUCGGGGACGCAUGCGAAUGCCUGUGCCGUGGUGUUUUCGUUCCGGGAUGCGUAUUCGUUGAAUGCUAUUGCGAGGCGGAUUAUCCACGAGAAUAUUCGGCGGCUGUUGUUGGACGAGAGGAGUGUUGUUGUCGUUGAUCCGUCGGGCGUGUUGAAGAUGGAGGCGGACCUCGAGGGCAAGGCGCCGCAUCCGCAUGUCUUCACGUCCGAGACGGACGCGCGGGACUUUAUCGGAGGCUUGGGCUGCCAGGCGGUGUUUAAGGAAGACAGCUGGUGA